AUGAUGAAGCAGCAAAAACCUAAUUCACAGAGACGAGAUAAAUCCAAAUCCUGGUCCGAGCUUCCUCAAGAUCUCUUAAGUUCAGUGUUGGAACGCCUUGACUUUGCUGAUUCUCGACGAGCCGAAUCCGUAUGCUCGUCUUGGUACUCCGCUGCGAAACGAUGUGUGGCGAAAAAGCACAUCCCUUGGCUGAUUCUCUUGCCCGACGAAGACGACAAGAUCAACAACCAUUGGUGCAAGCUGUUCAAUCCUGGGGAAAAAGACAAGCUUUACAAAAUCCGAUACGAGCAUGUCGAAUUCGCAAACAGUUAUUGCUUAGCAACGUAUGGUCAUUGGCUCUUUAUGGUGGAUUUUUGGUAUAAUCUCUACCUUUUGAACAUAUUUACCCACGAGAGGAUCGAUUUACCUCCGGUGGAGUCACAACUUGGAACGAUAAAGCUGGAGCGAACCAGAAAAGUGGUGUGUGUAGCUUAUUCCAAGAAAGGAGAUGAGUUCUGGAACCAGAUUCAGAUUCCCGUAGUUUAUGGUUGUUCUCACAUGGUUUACAAAGAUGAAAAGCUUUACUACCUCCUAAACGACUACAUUGGUAGUAAUGGUUUUAUCAAAAUAUUGGACUUCUCCGGAGAGAUUCCGCAAGAAACCUUUACCUGUGGUGGUGUUCCUAGCAACAGCUCUUCACUUCAUCCAACAGCAGGAGAUUCAUUGAGGAUCAACGGCGCAAAACUUGUAGUCACAGCAACAGGAGAUGUCCUCUAUGUUGAAAUCUGGGCAACACCUUUCACUUCACUCUGGUCCUUCCGCGUCUACAAGGUUUAUUCGUCAGGUUUGUUUAACAAGUAUGAACAAGUUGAUUCUUUGGGCAACGAGGCGAUGCUUUUUGAUCUAGGCAUCACUGUGCUCGCUAAUGAUGAUGACAUUGUGGGUUUUAAGAGAAAUUCUAUCUACUUCAAGACUACUUGUCAUGAAAACAACACUACUCAGAUUUGUCUCUUCAAUUUCGAGACAAAGGAGAUGGAGCCACUCCACACGUUUGAUUGUUCGUCCCAACAACAACUCGCCAGAGCUCUAUGGUUCCUACCAAGUUUCAAGCAGACAUAA